AAUCUUAUCAUGGUCUUGACUAAAGAAAGUCGUGCUUAUCAAACAGCUGACCCUCUGUUCCUUAUGUCAGCUGAACAAAAGGAACAAGAGACGACGGACGGACAAACUGUUGGAUGUUGGAGCCCAGAACACCCAGUCCCGCUCUCAUCAUGGACCAGGCUGCUGAUUUCUGGCAUGAAGACGGCUUUUCCUUCAACCAGACGGAGGCCAACGUUACCUCGGUCUUUCAAACAUUACUGAGCCCUACCAUGGACAAAGUCGUAAACAUACUUACGAUCCUCGUGCUGUUCAUCACCAUGGUUUCACUGGGAUGCACCAUGGAGGUGUCCAAGAUCAAGGAUCACAUACUGAAACCUAAAGGUGUGGCCAUCGCCAUUCUGUCCCAGUACGGUGUGAUGCCUCUCACCGCCUUCUGCUUGGCAAAGGGCCUCCAGUUGGAUGAAAUGACAGCUGUGGUGAUCCUGAUCUGUGGCUGCUGUCCCGGAGGAGCUCUCUCCAACAUCCUGGCUCUGGCUCUGCAAGGGGACAUGAAUCUCAGCAUCGUGAUGACCUCCUGCUCCACGCUGCUCGCUAUGGGGAUGAUGCCUCUCCUGCUCUACGCUUACUGUCAGGGCUUCUCCAACCUGCAGAAAGCCAUCCCUUACGUUGACAUCGUCAUCUCCCUGGUCCUGAUCCUGGUGCCCUGCGGUGUCGGCAUCCUCAUCAACCACUACAGACCACGGUAUUCCAAGAUGAUCACUAAGGUGGGCCUGGGUAUAAUGCUGAUCUCAGUUCUGGCAGUUGGCGUCAUUGCCAGCAUAGAAAUCGGAGGGUCCAUGCUGGCUGUGCUGUCCCCCCCACUCAUGACCACUGGAGCCCUCAUGCCCUUCAUCGGCUACGUCUUCGGUUACGUCAUCUCCUCACUCUUCAGACUCAGCCAGGCGGAGCGGAGGACCGUUGCUAUGGAAACAGGCUGUCAGAACAUCCAGCUGUGCAGCACCAUACUGAAGAUCGCCUUUCCCCCAUCAGUAAUCGGGCCUUUGUUCCUGUUCCCCAUGGUCUACAUUUUCUUUCAGCUAACGGAGGCGGUGGUGCUCAUCUUGGUUUUCAGGUGCUACAAAAGGUUCACAGAGAGGAAGAAAGAUGAAUACCAACCAGCAGCUACUGGAGACCAGCAGCUCCCCAAACUAGCUGCCUGAAGAACCUUCUGACUCAUUUAAAAUCUAGCAGGUGAUAAACGUGUCGUUUGUGUCCCACCACAGCAGCAACAAAGGCAAACGUUUUGUUAAAACUGAUUUAUUGGUUCAGUCUAGUUGUUUUAUACACCAUACAAACAUCUAUUUUCACUGAAAAUAAAAUCCUCACGUACAAAAAAAAAAAAAAAAAAAAAAGUGUUUUCCAAACCUUUGUCUUGUCAGAGCCGCGGAAACGUCAGUCACACAACCGAGUAUCCUUGGAAUUACAUCACAACACUCAAAGGGCUGUACACUCAUGUCAAAUAAAAAAUGCAUUUCCUGCACAGCAUCUUUUUACAAGUCCUAACGCAUAGCAUUCAUGAAAUGUGUUCACCUUACAGCUGCUUGCUGGAAUAAAGUAAUUGUAUUCUUGAGACAGAAGCUGCCAAAGUUGUUUUGGUGCUUAAAACAGAAAUAAAAGGCUGAGUGUUUACUUUGA